AUGCCUGUAAUGCAGACCUCCCAUGCUCAAGAAGAGGUAAUCAAGACGCACAAGAACGGUCAGCUACAACACACAACUGCUCAUGAUGAUGUGGAAGAGACUUUGAGGCUAAUUGAAGACAUUAAGUUCUUCCUGGCCACGGCACCUGCCAAUUGGCAAGAAAACCAAAUAAUUCGCCGAUAUUAUCUGAACAACGAUCAAGGCUUUGUCUCUUGCGUCUUCUGGAAUAAUCUAUACUAUAUUACAGGUACCGACAUUGUCAAAUGUUGUGUGUACCGCAUGCAAAAGUUCGGCCGCGAGGUACUAGAUCGUAAAAAAUUCGAGGAAGGUAUAUUUUCCGAUCUUCGGCACCUCAAAUGUGGAGUAGACGCCACUCUAGAGGUUCCAAAGUCUGAAUUUUUAUCUUUUCUUUUCAAGAAUAUGUGCUUGAAGACACAGAAAAAGCAGAAGGUGUUCUUCUGGUUUAGUGUUCCGCACGACAAACUGUUUGCGGAUGCUCUUGAACGAGAUUUGAAGAGACAAGUCGCAAGCCAACUCCCUACCACGAGAGCAGUGCGUGAACCGGCCCUCUCCUUUGCAUAUGACGAUAAGUCAGGUUUAUCACUCUAUGAUCAGCUCCUUAAACACAUGGAUGGCCAGCGAAACAAUUUUAGCAACCACUCAACAGUUGAUUCCUCGCCUUAUUCCAACAUCCUUGCGACCACAUCUGCAGAUUCUCCCAAACAAUCAAUUAAUUUUGCUGAUGUCGAAGCAGCGACCACUGAUACCGUGGUAGAACGCUCGGAACACAUCAAAGACGAGAAUGUAGACCUUGAGCAAGAUCCUGUGAAUGAUCUGUCAUCCAAAUAUGUUACUCAAAGUUUAGUACUAGAUCCAGCACACGCCUCGCCCGACGCGUUGAACUUGGAUGUAACACCAGAAGCCAACGGCUUCACAAAGGAUAAUGAUGACGAGGAUGAUUUCCCAUUAGACUACUUCCCAGUUGAAGUCGAAUACCCCGGACAACAGCCCCUCAAAUCAGGUAUGAGUUCAAUGUACUUUGAUAAUGAUUUUGAUGCUGCAUAUGUACCUCUCUCCGCUAUUCCUCCUGUCUCAGCUGGAUUUUUCGAGAAUUCGUAUUUCCCUGAAGAGGUUUCGUUUGGAGCGGCGCCCUUAGCUUCGGCAGCCCAUCUUACGUUUCAAAUACCUCCUCCAAUGACCGCUGCACAUUCCCAGUUUGUGACUAAUGGAGACUACUACGCAUCGUAUGCAAGGGAUCAAGAAGAACGUUUGGCUGAUAAUUUGUCUCCUGGGCCGGAUCGAGAAAAAUAUGACAACGAGGAGUUCUUGGGGCUCAGCAAAGGCUUAAAACUGGGCCAUGCAUACCAUAGGCCCGGUUUGGAUAGUAGGACUCAUAAUGGCUUGUAUCAUCCGAGAUAUGUUUACCCUUCUAUGGAAAUGUCACCAGGAACGCUUGACCCUCAUAUGACAAGGAGUUACAGUGCUGAAGAUUAUCUAUCCGAUAACGCUGCGCUAUAUGAAGCUUACCCUACGGGGUCGUACGUCCCACCAUCAAGUAAGCCUUACACGCCAGGCUAUCGGUUGACACCUAUUGCUUCAGCCACACCAUUCGUAAGCGUCGGCCAAUUUGGAAGUAAGCAUGUGGUUCCUCCUUCUACAAAGAGCUAUCCCAUGAAUCCCUAUUAUCAAUCGUCUCCCAGUUUCCAGCGCUGGGGUAAUGUACAUGGCUACCUCAGGGGAUUUCCUUCCAUUCAAGCAACGUCAGCUCCCCAGGGAAGUUCUAUAAACAUGCAAAUGCCAAACUCUGCUUCAAAUCUCUAUUUCAAUAAAUCUGGUAUGGUUCAUAAGCCUUCCUCAAAAGCACCUAAUCAAAGACCUCGUUUUAAAAACGCCCAGCAGGCUUCACUGUUAGCUAACUUGAACCAUCGCCUUGCCAGUAAGGAUGGUGUCAGUGCUGUUGCAGGAAGUAGCUCUAUAAGACCAUCCGAAUUGGGUUCGGUAGAGGUAAAUGACAUGAAUGACAUCAAAACAAAAAGCACAAGCGGUCGAAAGCAAGCUGAAACGACUUGCGAUAAUUUAAAGAGUGGACUGACUAAGGAUGAAGACGAAAAGGCCUUCUUAGGUCAGUGA